AUGGAGGACCAUCGUGAGGAAGAGGUGCACAACCAUGGUGGAGGAGAUAGAGCAAAUCCUGGUGGGGAAGAUAGAAGAGUCUUGGGCUCUUACAUUAACCCAAACCUAGGGAACUGCGGAAGUAGCAUCCAAAAACCAACCAUCCAUGCCAACAACUUUGAACUAAAGCCACAGCUCAUCACCCUCGUUCAGAACAAUUGCUCGUUCGGAGGAGGUGUUCAAGAAGAUCCCAACCAACACUUAAACACAUUCCUGAGAAUAUGUGACACAGUGAAGUCUAAUGGCGUUCAACCAGACGUCUAUAGACUGUUGUUGUUCCCAUUCUCUCUCAGAGACAAGGCAACCAAGUGGUUGGAGUCUUUUCCAAAGGAUAGCUUGACAACUUGGGAUGAUGUUAUGAACAGAUUCUUGGCAAGAUUUUACCCUCCUCAACGAGUCAAUCGGCUGAGAGCUGAGCUGCACAUCUUCUAUGAAGGACUGUCAUAUGAAUCUAAGAAGGCCGUAGACCAUUCAUCCGGAGACAUUCAAGACAAUAAGGUGUUCAAAGAGGAGGUGAGAGCCAGUAUGAAGAAUCGGGGGGAAGCAAUCAAGAAGCUAGAAUUCCAAGUGGGAUAUUUGUCUGAGAAGAUGCCCAGACCCACUAAUAGCUUCCCAAGUGACACGGAGAAGAAUCCGAGAGGUGAAGCGAAGAAAGUAAGAUGGGAAGACUGCAAUAUGGUCACUACAAAUGACAAGGAGACUGAAGACAAGCCAAGCAAGCUGUCAGAACAACCCGAAAAUACCUUAGUAGAGAAGGAGAAGAAAGACCAACAAGAACCAGAAAUCUCACAACAGGAGCUGCUGAGACUAUAUGCACCAUUUCCUCAACUGCUAAAGGGUGCUGUGGGAAAGAGAAUGUACUCAAGGUUCUUAGACUCAUUUGCAUCUUUGAAUGUGAACAUACCAUUCAUCAAGGUCAUUCAGCAAAUGCCAGCAUUCAUCAAGUAUAUGAAGGAACUACUUCCCAGGAAGAGCUCACUCAAGGGGGGCCAGACUAUAGUAAUGAACAAGGAUUGCAGCACCCUCAUUCAAACACAAUUGCCUGCGAAAAGAAAAGACCCAGGGAGUUUUAAUGUCCCUUGUGCUAUAGGGGAAACAAAUUUUGAUAGAGCACUUUGCGAUUUGGGAGCAAGCAUCAACUUAAUACGCCUAUCCCUGGUAAAAAGGCUGCAGAUCAAUGAGAUACUACCUACAGAUGUAGUCAUAAGGCUUGCUGACAAGACUCAAAAGCAAGCAGUAGGAGUGGUGGAAAAUGUAUUGCUCAAAGUUGGAAAAUACUUUCUCCCAACAGACUUUGUCAUCCUGGACAUGGAAGAGAGUCACCUGCACCCAAUCAUAUUGGGGAGACCAUUUCUAGCUACUGCUAGAGCACUCAUAGAUGUGGAGAAAGGAGAGCUAAUAUUAAGGAUCCAUGAUGAACAACUGAGCUUCAGUGUUUUUGAACUCUCACUGGAAAAAUAUGAAGAGGACAAAGAACCGAGCAAAGUGCAUCAUGAGAUACUAAAGGAAGAAGCAAGCACUGAAGCACAACCAGCUCAUCCUGAGAUUUACUGGGUUGAUGGACAAGGCCAGCAGCAAGUGCCAUAG